AUGUUUAAAAAAAGACAUUUCAAUGAAUUUCAAGAUGGACAAGAGCUUUUAAAGAUUCCAAAGGUUGUGGUAUUACGGAACACAGAAAGAGAAGGUCUUAUUCGCUCUCGCAAUAAAGGUGCUGCCAAUGCUACUGCUGAAGUUCUGGUUUUCUUGGACAGUCACUGUGAGGUCAAUGAUCAGUGGCUGGAGCCAUUGCUAACCAGGAUAAAACAGAGUCCCUAUAGUGUUGUGAGUCCAGUGAUUGAUGUGAUCAGUUUUCAGACAUUUGAGUACCAAGCAUCAUCAGAUGAAGUGAGGGGAGGCUUUGAUUGGAGUCUGAACUUCAAGUGGGAAAACUUGUCAAGCAAAGAGAAACAAUCCAGAAAAGAUACUACACAGCACAUCAAAUCCCCUGUUGUUGCUGGGGGAAUAUUUGCCAUUAGAAGAGACUGGUUCAACAAGAUAGGGCAAUAUGACCCAGAUCUUGAAGUGUGGGGAGGAGAGAAUUUUGAAACCAGGAUUUCCAUGUUUCACAUAUUUGUUCCAGAACUGUCAUUCAAAGCCUGGUUGUGUGGAGGUCAGACAGAGAUAUUACCUUGCAGCAGAGUGGGGCAUAUCUUUAGAAAGGAACAUCCUUUCAGUUUCCCUCAGAGUAGUGAUGCUACAUACUUGAGGAAUACUCGUAGAGUGGCAGAAGUUUGGUUAGAUGAAUACAAAAGGUUUUUCUAUGAAGCUAGGCCAGAGGCCAAAAACAUUGAUAUUGGAGAUAUCUCAAGAAGAAUAGAGUUGAGGAAAAGCCUUGGAUGUCGGUCUUUCAAGUGGUUUAUGGAAAAAGUGUAUCCAGAAUUAGAAAUUCCAGCUCAUGAUGGUGUAGCCUAUGGUCAGAUAUUACAGGGUGACAUGUGCAUAGACUACUUGGACAAACAAGUUGUAUUUAAACCUUGUAAAGAAAAUGAACCAUCUCAGGAGUGGACCAUGAAAGAGAAAGGUGUAAUUCGUAACAAAGAGAACCUGUGCCUAAUGGCAGACAUUGAGGACACAAAUUCCUAUGUGCUGUUAGCAUAUUGCAAGGAUGACAUAAACUUGGUGUGGGAACGUCAGGACACUCAGCUGGUUCAUCAGAAAAGUGGACUUUGCCUGGACAGCCACAAACCAGAGAAAGGACUGGUAAUAGGGGAGUGUGAGCUUUCUGACACACAGAGUUGGACUUUCUCUUUUGAAAAUAGAUAAUACAUAUUGAAAAUCUUUAAUGGGAGGAUGAAGUCUUAACACAGAGACAACAAUGCAAUAUUGUGGAUUUUUUGAUAGAGGAAGAGCUUCAGAAUCUGUUGCAUAUUACUUUUUACAAUCACAAUAUACUCAGAUUGAUAUGUUUUACAUAUAUUUAUACUAAUAUUCUUUUCAUAGGUAAUUUGGACAUUGUGAAGUGUUUAAAACUAUUCUAUAAUUUUUAAUGUUUUUAUCCUGUAUGGCUUCUAAUUGAGAAUUUCAGACACUAUUUAUACAGAAGUUGCUGAAAGUGACAUAAGACUUGUAUCAUUUUUCUUCAAUUUCUUUGAUAUAAAGUUUACUCUUUUUGGUGCUUGCUUACAUUACAGGACGGCUUCAGUAAAUUAGAAUUUUUUUUUUUCACAUUUGGAGCCCCCCCCCCCUCCACACACCCAAAAGUUUAACAUUGUUCAGUUAUAUUGGUUCAGUAUAAAUGUUUUUGUGGUGAUUUUUACCAAUGGGAACAAGUAUUUUCAAUUGUUUGUCAUCGCUGUAAUCUUCAUUUUUAUGUAAAAAUGUUAUCAUAUUGAUGGGACCCCUAUAGGAUUUUUCAGUAGCAUAUCUUGUAUAUGGGUUAAAAUGUUAAUUUUUAAUGUGAGGAAACCAUAUAUUUUGAUAUUAGGAGUAUUUUGGAUAUUUACUAAAGGUAGAGUAUUGCAAUUUCAUGACAGGAAGUAUUACAAACAGAUAUUUACAUGAAAGCAAACACUUAUGAAAGAAUAUAAUUUUUCAUUUCAAAGCAGUUUCCGUCUGCAUGUAUAAACUUUGAUACAUGCAUGUUUUUAGUCUUUUUUUCAGACAGAAUAGAUAUAUAACUCGGUAUUGUUAUGAAUUUUGGGAAACAAUGUACAUCAUAUACAUCUUACAUAAAUUUGUUUUUGUUUAAAUAUACCAUGUUUUGUGGUCCAAACAAUAAGAUGAUAAUUACAACCAAACAUAUACUAAUCUUUUAUAAUUAUCUAGUCAGUUUGAAGGGAUCAUUUCAAACAACUGUGUGAAAUCUUGUUCUACUUAUACCAUUUCAAUAAAUGAAAAAAGAGACAAUUGUGU